AUGGUAUCUAUCUCCACAUGCCCAUUCUUCUCAUCCUCGAGUCAGCUACCAUGGCGUACCGCACUCCCGUCCACACCACUGCCGCUGCCGCGCCCCUUCCCGCAAUAUUCACAGGCUGUCAAGUACAAUGGCCUAGUAUACUGCAAUGGCUCAAUCGGCAUUGAUCCGAGGACUGAUGAGCUUGUUCCGGGGACCGUGACCGACCGCGCGCACAUGGCUCUCCAGAAUCUCGAGGCCAUUGUUAAGACCGCUGGAAGUGGUAUGAACCGUGUACUCAAGGUCAAUGUCUUCUUAUCCGACAUGGAUGAUUUUGACGGCAUGAAUGAGGCCUGGGAUCAGUUUUUCCCCGAGGACCCUAAGCCGUGUCGUACCUGCGUUGAGGCUCGUCAGCUGCCGCUUGGAACCGACGUUGAGAUCGAAAUGAUUGCAAGUUACGAUUUGGAAUGA